AUGAUGAAGAAAGGACAAUCGCAAUCGCACUCAAAAGACUGUAAAUACUGUGGUAGAAAGCAUCAAUUUGGUACACAACAUUGCCCAGCAUAUGGAAAGGAAUGUUCGAAAUGCCAUGGGGUCAACCACUUUGCAUCAGUCUGCCUGAGCAAGAAGAAGUAUACACAAGCUGCAUACAAGCCGAAACAUGACUAUGAAGACUUGCCCGGAAAGAAAGGGAAACCUACGGAGAAACGUGGAGGAAGUCGGAAAGGUCACAGAGGGAAACAGAAGCUACACGCGAUGGAGCAUUAUGCCCAGGAAUCUGCCAACAGUACAGAUGACGAGGAUGAUUAUCUCCUAUCGAUGAACGAUAAACAGGACUUUCCUAAGAAAUUAUUCGCAAAGCUGAAAUUGGGAAUGCCUGGUGUUUCAAUAAGAUUCCAGAUUGACAGUGGAUCGACUGUCAAUGUGUUGCUCCUCGAUCAAUACAAGCGCAUUUUCAAAGAUGACGACCUCCAGUUCCUAGAGAAAACCAACCCGCUGUCAAUGUUUAAUAAAACAGAGAUACGCCCAGAAGGGAAGAGACAUGUCAUGGUUAUGAAUCCGAAGAAUAGCCGCCGCUACAGAAUAGAGAUUAUCGUCGUACCGGAAGGUAUACCCAUCCUAGGUGCCCAAUCCGCGCUGGGGAUGAAACUGAUUAAGAUCAAUAAAGACAACAUAAUGCAGAUGUCUACUCAGAAUGGCGAAAUACCCGAAGAAGUCCAAGAGAUUCUCGACAAAUACAAGGACGUCUUCGAAGGUGAAGGUCACCUUGAACACAAGCUCCACCUAGAGGUCGAUCCAGCAGUAAAGCCAGUCAAGCUUCCUGUCCGAAAGUUGCCACUUUCCGUCCGAGAUAAGCUGAAGUCAGAAUUAGACAGACUCGAGAAGCUGAAAAUCAUCGCGCCUGUUGAUAAGCCAACAGAUUGGGUGUCCUCUAUGGUAGCUGUAACGAAGCCUAAUGGAAUGAUACGCCUAUGCCUGGAUCUAAAACCAUUGAAUAAAGCAUUGAAGAGGAACCACACGUACUUGCCAAUGAUUGAUGAUAUCCUACCAGACCUGAAAGACGCUAACGUAUUUUCCGUUGCCGAUGCCAGAAACGGAUACUGGCAUGUAGAAUUAGACGAGGAAUCAAGCUAUCUAACCACUUUUUCUACUUUUUAUGGUCGUCGGAGAUGGUUAAGAAUGCCGUUUGGAAUCUCCCCUGCAAGUGAAGAGUUCCACAAUCGCCUGAAAGAAGCACUAGAUGGUUUGCCAGGAAUAGCAGCUAUUCAUGAUGAUAUCCUCAUCUAUGGAAAAGAUGAAACCGACCAUGAUCGCCACUUAGAAGCCCUGCUACAACGAUGCCGUGAGAAAGGGAUAAAGCUGAAUAGAGACAAGCUAAAAGUCCGCCUAAAUGCCGUGCCGUUCAUGGGUCACAUACUCACUGACCAAGGUCUGAAGAUGGACCCAAGCAAGCUAGAAGCCAUUCGAAAGAUGCCAGCCCCGCAAGACAAGCAAGGAGUUAGACGCCUAUUAGGAAUGAUCAACUACCUUCAGAAGUUCGCCCCGAUAGCUGAACUAACUUUGCCGCUUAGAGACUUGAUAAAGAAUGAAACCGAGUUCACCUGGUGUGAAGACAUCCAUGGGAAAGCACUCGAGAAGAUUAAAGAUGCACUUAGUACACCGCCUGUACUCGCCUACUUCGAUCCAGCGAAGCCCACCACGAUCCAAUGCGACGUGAGUAUGUCAGGAUUAGGAGCCUCGUUGAUGCAACAAGGACAACCUAUCGCGUAUGCCUCCCGCUCGAUAACAGAGACUGAAACUAAUUAUGCGCAAAUAGAAAAAGAGUUACUCGCGAUAGUAUACGCCGUCGAACGUUUCCAUACCUACGUAUAUGGUAGAAGGAUAACAGUAGAAUCCGACCACAAACCGUUGGAAUCCAUCCUAAAGAAGAACCUGACAUCCGCUCCCAAACGUCUUCAACGAAUGAUGCUACGCCUACAGCACUACGAUUUUGAAGUCGUCUACAAGAAAGGAACCGAGAUGCAUCUUGCCGAUACAUUGAGCCGAGCCUACCUCGAGACAACAAAUGGAGAUGAAGCCUUCGAAGCAGUACACCAAAUCGACUAUGUCCCUAUGUCGAUUGAACGCCAAGAAACUAUCCGUAACGCAACCAGCGAAGAUCCAGCCAUGAAGACACUUGCCAACAGCAUACGUAACGGAUGGCCUGAAACCAAAGACACUGUCCCGUAUGCUGUCCGUGAUUACUACAACUUUCGUGACGAGAUGAGUGUCCAAGAUGGUUACAUCUUCAAAGGUCAUCGCCUGGUUGUUCCAGAGAAAUGCCGUCCCGAGAUCAUCAAACGUAUCCACAGCAGUCACAUCGGUCUACAAGGUUGCCUGAGAAGAGCCCGAGAAUGCGUCUAUUGGCCCAGAUUAUUCAAUGAUCUGAAAGCCUUAGCUGAUAGAUGCGAAACCUGCAGCACGUUCCAGGCCAAGCAGCCGAAAGAGACAAUGGUACCCCACCAGACCCCUACUCGUCCUUGGGAACUGGUAGCCUGCGAUCUAUUCCACUGUGAUGACCAAGACUACCUCGUCCUCACAGACUACUACUCCGAUUUCAUCGAAGUCGAUCGCCUGCAGAACAAGAAAGCGCCAGAAGUCAUUGGUAAACUGAAAGCCCAUUAUGCCCGCCAUGGUUUGCCAACUGAAGUGAUGACAGACAAUGGUCCGCCGUACGACUCCCAGAAGUUCAAAGAUUUCGCCAAGCAGUACGAUUUCAAGCAUGUUACCAGCUCUCCUCAUUACCCACAGUCAAAUGGUAAGAGUGAGAGUGCCGUAAAAGUCGCUAAGAAGAUCCUGAAGAAAGCCCAUCGAUCCGGUGAAGACCCGUACCUAGCCCUCCUUGCCCAGCGAAAUACGCCAACUGAGAACGUCGGAUUGUCACCUGUCCAAAGAUUGUUUGGAAGAAGAAAUCGCACAACACUGCCUGUUCACAAACACUUGCUCAAACCACAAGCUCCAAACGACAAAGAUGUCCAACAUCGCUUAGGAACGAGACAAGACAAGAAAGCCAAAUACUACAAUCCGCACACCAAAGACCUGCCACCACUGAAGCAGGGAGACGUUGUCAGAAUCCAGCCAACUGACAAAGGCCGUACUAAAUGGGAGAAAGCCAUUGUGAAAGAGAAAAUUGCCACACGCUCAUACAACGUCGAAAAAGGACUACGAUGUCCGGGCCAAGGAAGGAAAGUUUGA